AUGGUGGCUAAGAGAAAGAGAGUGGAAGUCGCGGAGGUGACGCCUGCGACCAAAACGGCGCCUGCGAAAAAGGCCAAGGCGACUUCCAACGGCUCGGCUUCGAAAGAGACGACCUUGAGCACGGCGCCGACCGAAGAGUUGACGAUCCAGAUUGUAACCGGCUCCUAUGACCGAGUACUUCACGGUAUCAAUGCUACGAUAAAGCCAGAGGGCAAGGUCGACUUCGCCGACACGUUCCUUUUCUCUGCGCACACUUCGGCAAUCCGUUGUAUCGCCCUGUCGCCUCUCUCAGCCCCGGUUCCAGGCCAGGGCCAGAAGGUUCUGUUGGCAUCCGGCAGCACAGACGAGCGCAUCAACCUCUACAACCUGUCGGCGCAUCCCCCGAGCCGUAAGAACCAGGAGCUGCUGUCCGCUGUCUCUGCCCGACCGAUCCUCGAGAACCCCAAGAAUCGUGAGGUCGGAACGUUACUCCACCACUCCUCGAGCAUCACCAAGUUGGCCUUCCCCACGCGCUCAAAGCUGCUUUCUUCGAGCGAGGACUCCACCAUCGCCGUUGCAAGAACGAGAGACUGGUCCGUCCUGUCGACGAUCAAAGCGCCGAUAGCCCAGCCCUCCGGCAGACCCAGCGGUGACACGGCGCCGUUUGGCGGUACGCCGUCCGGUGUCAAUGACUUCGCCAUCCACCCUAGCAUGAAGUUAAUGAUCAGCGUCAGCAAGGGCGAACGGUGCAUGCGGCUGUGGAACCUCGUCACCGGAAAGAAGGCUGGUGUCCUGAACUUCAGCCGCAGCAUGUUGCAAGAGGUCGGCGAGGGCCGGGUCUCGACGGGCGAAGGCCGGCGGGUAGUGUGGGGAAAGGCGGACGGCGAGGACGAGUUUGCGGUCGGAUUCGACCGCGACGUCAUUGUUUUCGGCAUGGACAGUGUCCCCAAGUGCCGCAUCAUGUCCGACACGCGGACCAAGAUUCACGAUUUGUCCUACAUCACCAUUGACGGCGAAACCGAGUCGAGUUUGUUGACCGUCUCCACCGAGGACGGACGGAUCUUGCUCUUCUCUACGGCAUCGGACGACCUGCAAAAACCCGACUCGGAAGACAAGACACUGUCGAGUGCCAGGUUGGUUGCCCAGAUCGGUGGCAAGGAGGACGGCGUGUCUGGCCGCAUCAAGGACACGGCUUUUGUGCAGGUCAAGGAGAACGACUCAACGACACUGUUCGUCAUCGCCGGCAGCAGUGAUGGUAAGGUGCGGUUAUGGAGGGUCGGCGCGGAGGAGCUCAAGACCAGCAAGGGCAAGGGCAAGGGCAAGGGCAAGACCGAGGCGAAGCAAGCUGGUAAGUUGCUGGGGACCUACAACACGAAUAACCGUAUAACCUGCGUGGCGGCAUUCGCCAUGAUACCCCGGCCGGAAGGAGUGGAGAGCGAGGACGAGGGUGCUGAGGAUUCAGAUGAUUCCGACGAAGACGACGAGGAGUAA